AGAACAACAACCACCCUACCACAACCUCAACUCCCGACCUUACAGUCUACGAAACCAUGGCAGAACAGAGUAUCAGAUCACUCUACAGCUCCGCAGAGAAGCAGCGGAAGGAUAUUGAAGCCUCAUGGGACAGCAAUACUGCCACCUACCAGCAGAAUGUUGCCGCCGCAAUCGCAACCUACGACGACUGCCUCAAGCUCGCAGAUCGUCUUUCGCUAUUCAGUCCGAACGAAACACUAGAAGACUUGACUUCUGGAGAUCUACAAUAUCUUGUCAUCAACUACCACCUCGCCGAACUCAUUCUCCGGAUAUCCAGCAAAGACCGCAAAACAGUGCUCGACAGAGCUCGAGAAGCAUUCGAGAGAUAUCUGAGCCUACUAGAUCACUAUGAAAUCCUCGAUUCUGCGCAGAAGAAGCUCUAUGCCGACUACACCGAGUACCCAAAGACUUUCUCUACAAUAAAUAAUGCAGAUCCUGCGUUACGCAGAGGGGCGAAAAUAGCAAAUUUCAAGCUGGAAAAAGAGUUAAAGAGCAAGCUGGAGUUCCUAGCACAAAACCCAGCCUAUCUCCAGAAUGACGACGAUGCCGUCCGCGAGCUCCAAAUCACAAAUAUCCGUCUCUGCACACACAAGGCUUUCCAAUCCCUCGAAUCCCUCAACCUCGAGGAACAAAUCCUCGCCAUGGCCCCCCCUCCACGACCAGAUGGUCCAGAAUCCCUCGAGCGCGACUAUAGAGAACGGAUGGGCUUACGGGAUAAAGACGAUGGCUCUGAGGAACGGCUGGAUAGGAGGGACAUGCUGUCAGCCGCCAACAAAGGACCAAUACUAAGUGCUGGAGGAAAACCGUUGAGACCAUUUACAUUAUUGGAUAGUAGGCAAACUUUAAAGGCUGGAGUUUUUAGGUCCGGACAUAAUCUGCCGACGAUGACUAUUGAUGAGUAUCUAGAAGAGGAGAGGGCGAGAGGUGGGAUCAUUGAGGGAGGUGGAGCGGCGAGUGGGUUGUCGCCUGAGCCGGAUGAGGAUAAUUAUGAGAAGGGUGAUGAGGAGACUAUGAAGGCUAGGGAGUGGGAUGAGUUUACGGAGGCGAAUCCAAAGUAAGUUAGCCACCCAGGUAGAAGAGAAAUAUGUGCUAAUUGAUACAGGGGUGCUGGAAAUACCAUGAAUAGAGGAUAAUGAAUAUGUUAUUUGAAG